AUGUCCUCCCAACCGCGCGUCGGCUUCCUCGGCCUCGGCAUCAUGGGCGCGCAGAUGGCGUCCAGGCUCGUCGGCGCGGGCGCGAACAUCACGGUGUACAACAGGAGCGUCGCGAAGACGGAACCCUUGCGCGCGCUCGGCGCCGCGGUCGCGCGCACCCCCGCGGAGGUCACGUCCACGUGCGACGUCGUCUUCGCGAUGCUCGCGGACCCGAGAGCCGCGGAGGCGGUCGCCGUGGGCGGCCCGGACAGCGCGGUCGCGGGGAUCGCGUCUCGAGGAUCAAACGCGAGCGCGAGCACGUACGUCGACUGCAGCACCGUGGACGAGCGCACGGGCGUCAGAGUCGGCGACGCCGUGGAGCGAUCCGGCGGCAGGUUCCUCGCCGCGCCCGUCAGCGGCGGGUGGAGGGACGCCGCGUCCGGGAAGCUCCUGUUCCUGUGCGGCGGCUCGCGGGCGGCUUUCGACGCCGCGUGCGGCCCGCUCGGCCUGGACGCGAUGGGCCACCGCCGAUGGCUGCUCGGGCCGGGCCCCGCGGAGGCGGCGCGCGCGAAGCUGAUGCUGCAGAUAAUGAUGGGCAACGUCGUCGGCUCGCUCGCGGAGAUGAUGGCGAUGACGAGAGCGUCCGGGCUCGACGAGGGGAGCGUUCUCGACAUCUUAGGCGAGAGCGCGAUGGGGAACCACCUCUGCGCGGCGAAAGGGAAGCUCAUGCAGAGAGGGGACUACGCUCCGAACUUUCAGGUGUACCUCCAACAGAAGGACCUUCGGCUCGCGUUACAGCUGGCGGACGAGUUGGGCGUGCCGAUGCCGAUCAGCGCGGCGGCGAACGGGCAGUACAUCCGCGCGCGGCAGAUGGGACUGGGAGAUAAGGACUUCGCCGCGGUAAGGGCGGCGUACGAUGCGGAGGUGCUGUCGGACAAGGAGAGCCCGGAGGUGGACGCGUGAAGAGGAAGAAGGAGAAAACGCGACGGGGAACCGUUGCCCUCGCCGCGAGGGUUUCGCGCGCCCGUCCGUCGCGGCGGUCUUCCACGAGGACCGCGCCCCUACCAUUCUAUCACAUCGCAUACGAUACCGC